AUGGCCCGCCCGUGUCCCCUUCCCCUCGCCGACGAGUGGGAAGACCCGGACUCCUACAUCGACGCCCUACUAGCCUUCGCGAGCUCGUCGGUCCGAUUCAUGAACCUCUGCGGCGGCGUCCACAUCCUCGAUUUUCUGACGCGCGAACCCGAUCUAUACACCACGCUGUUACCAGAGGAUUGGAGAGAGUUUUUCGAUGGCCACGAUGUUCAUGACGUGCUCUAUCUUCUCCUGCAUGAGAACAUCGAGACCCUGCGAGAGCGAGAGCCCGGCGGGGAUGGCAGCGAGAGCAGCCGCACCUGGAAUGGAGGCACUUUCCCCCCAGCAGCCUCAUGGAAUAUAUCCAUAAUAUACGUCGACUGA